GCAUACAUUUCAUUCAUCAUUCUCCUUCUGUCUGCUUCCCUAUCUCCGAGCCUCAAUAUCAUCUGCCUUGGUCGCGAAACUAUUAUUGUCCUACUAUAUGCUAUGGGUCAUCUGGCCAACGCCUUUGUCAUUUCUACUCGAAACUUAGACAGGUACGGGUCAGGCGAGAAGUACCGCCAAGGCGGCUCCCUUCAACCAUUAUAUUUUCCUAUCUAUGCUUCUUACUUUGCUCGACUGUACAUACAAUACGGAGCUAUACCAACUGCAAUAUUCCUGCACGUCUCGUCAAGUCACGGAUUUCCGGACGGGAUGCCGGUCGCACUCUUCGUGCCAUUUUUAUUUUUGGGAGCAUAUAAAGUUGGUGGCUUGCUGUUUAAGGAUUUCUAUAUUGUUGCGAUAAUUGAGGAUUUCUCGCAUCUAGGCUAUAUGUGGAUAUCUGAUGCGUCGGACAUUUUCGUGCAUACCGUCCCAACGCUGGGUGCGUCCGAUCCCGUCUCAUGCAGGUGCAACUCGUCGAGCUCAAAAUUUGAGUCUCGAACAAUGAGGUGCAGAACGAGUACGCAAUAUGGCCGACGGACAUUCCCACCAACUGCAUUUCCAUAUUCAAUAUUUCCCAAUCUGGCUUGAAUAGGCUAGCAAUGUAUCUCUGUUACCCCGUACAUAAGUCUCUCGGCCUGGCUAAAUGCCUCUAUCAGGUCAUGGUAAAUUUACAUAGAGGUGUAAAUUACACAAUCAUCGACCAGUCUGGUGGCGUACCAAACAAAAGACACGUUCGGCGAGCAGCGGGAAUUCUGAUCCCACAGCGUCAUGUCAACAAUUACAAUCCGUACCUGCUGCCCUUUACCGACU